UCCUCUUUUUCAGCUGGUUAUACUCCUCAGUCUGGUGUUCCUCAGGCUCAGCCGCCUCAGCAGCAGUUCCAGAAUUACCCCGCCCCUACUUCUCAGGCUGCUGGUGCUCCUGGCUCCGCCCCAGGGUUUUCUGGCCAAUCACAGCCUCCUGCUCCCCAAGGACCCACCCAGUACCCGCCUGGAGCAUUUCCGCCUCAAAACUACACAUCCCAGGCCUCUCAACAGCCAGCUAACUACAGCCUGCCUCCAACCUCCCAGGCCACAGGGGGUUAUCAACCCCGUCCUGGAUACACCCCGCCCCCUGGCACCACCCCUCCCCCUGGGGGUGCCAACCCCUAUGCCCGAAACCGCCCCCCUUUUGGCCAGGGCUACACCCAGCCAGGCCCUGGCUAUCGGUAAAAGGCCUUUCGUGUCCCCACAGCACCUCGCUACAAGUUUUCUCGGUCUCCAACACAUCAGCCCCCAAAAUCUGUGUUUGACAUUCUAAUAUUGUGUUUGUUUGUGCUUUGCGUGAUUGAAUGAAUGCGUGUGAGAAUGAGACUGAGGUUGUAUGUGUGUGUUUGCACACAUGGGAGACCAAAUGGUGUGGGAGUGGACAGCUGUGUGUGUGUGUGUGUGUUUGCAUUUUAUUUUAUCACGGUCUCCUCAUUGGUGUUAUUUUGUCAUAAACCAUGAGUCUGUUUAAACACUAGAAAAUUAUCAUAAUCAAAGUAAGUGAUAUUUGUUUAGUUUUCUUUACUUUUUCCCAAUGUCCUUGUUUUUACUAACCCCUGACUGGCCCUCUGCAGUGAAGCUUGUCAUUUCUGUAUAAACUGUAACAUUGUUUUCAGGAGGUGAAUAAAGACUUUGAGACUGAA